GGCAACUAUAAGUGGUUGGACUGUAGCAGAGUGCCAAUCAUGGAAACCCAAAUUAUGUUCAUCUGAGGGUUGAUUCACCGGCAAGCAAUUUGUUCAAGAUGCCAAAAGACCAUUUGCGGUUUUAUUCUCGCAGGCCAAACAAAAGUAAAGCGAAGGUAGAUCUUUUUUGUUGCCUUAAAGCAAAGGUAGAUGAUAACACAAGUGCAAGGGAUACAGACACAAAGUGCUAUGAAUGCAUUCAAGCACCCAAGACUGCUUCAAAUGUUAGUUUUUCAAAUGAGAAUCAAGCAGAGUUGUCAAGGAUGAGUUUGGAAAAUGCAACUGUCACAGAGAAACCUAAGGAACCAAAUUCAUCGACACCACAAGAUGGUUGCAUAAGUGCAGUUGGGAACUCUCAAACUGAAUCAUCAAGAGGUUCACCAACAGAUUUGCACAAGUCAAGGAACAUGGUGAAAAUUAAACCAGCUCCUUGGCAAGUGAGAUCAAUUCAAGCGGAAACAAUUGUUGGACAGCCAGUUAAGGAGAGUGCGAUGCAUAAUAAUCCAAGUUCCAGGGGAGUUCGGACGCCUAUCCAACUGAAUAAAGUUGCACAGCCAGUUAAAGAGAUUGAAAUGCAUAUAAAUCCUCCUUCCGGCGGAGUUCAAAAGUCUAUCAGACAGAAUAAAGUUGCACCGCCAGUUAAGGAAAGUGAAAUGCUUAUAAAUCCACCUUCCGAUAAAGUUCAGAAGUCUAUCAAACAGAAUAAAUUUACACAGGCAGUUAAGGAGAGUGACAUGCAUGCAAAUCCACCAUCCAAACGAGUUCGGAAGUCUAUCAAACAAAAUAAAGCUGCACAGCCCGUUAAGGAGAAUGAAAUGCAUAUAAAUCCACCUUCCAAUGGAGUUCAGAAAUCUAAAGAAAAGAAUAAAGUUGCAGAGCCAGUUAAGGAGAGUGAAAUUCAUAUAAAUCCACCUUUCGAUGGAGUUCGGAAGUCUAUUGAACAGAGUAAAGUUGCACUGCCAGUUAAGGAGAGUGAAAUUCCUAAUAAUCCACCUUCCAAUGAAGUUCCGAAGUCUAUCCAACAGAAUAAAGCUUCACAACCCAUCAAGUCGAGUGGAGCUAACAAAACUGUCAGAAAGGUGAAUCCCCAGAAAGGUUGGCGGGUAAAGGAAGGGAAUGAAGCUGCCAAAAGUUCACAGAAACCACGCUCAAAACCAGAAGCUCAAAGACAGGAAACGACGGGAUCUGCCAAAUGUUCACCUAAGCCAAGCUCAAAACCUGAAGCUCAAAGACAUCAUAUCAAGUGGCAUGGUUUUGAUGAAUCAAUUGGAUGGAGCUGUUUCCUUUGCGAGAAUGAUCUUGCACAUUCACCAACUGAAGAGGAUGAAUAUGAAACAGAUAAGUUUCCAGAUGUUGCUGUACUUUCAUGUGGUCAUGCUUUCCACGAUGUGUGCUUGCAGCUUUCCAUAUCCGAGCUGCAAUGCAGUGAUCCUCCUUGCAUUAUUUGUGCCAGUUUAGUUUUUUAAUCGGCCUUUUGCGCCAGGUUCUUGUCUUGAACUGAAGCAUUGACGCCAUAAACCUUUUCACUUUGCAGUUUAUUUUUUCAUUCUUGAGGUAGUGACAUCCUACACUCCAGUGAAUCAAUUUUUAUAAACAUUAGGACUUUGUUACUUGGAAUCAGGCUAUCUGCCAUAACUGUAACUAUUUCAUAAGCUUCUCCAUGGAAUAAUGCUUUUAAAUUUUUAUAGGGUCGAGCUAAUUCCAGUAACUCAUUCAAAAGUGGUGUUUAGUCUAUCUGCCGCAACUCCGACUAUUUUCAACAUUUCUCCAUGGAAGAAUGGCUCUUACUUUUCUAUGGUAUUCCAGCUUUGGAAAAACCUGCUAGAACAAAGACGAAACUAGAGCUUUAGCAUAAUAGCUAUGUUAUUAGUUGUAUAGCCGCACUUUGCACGACAUGUAAUUGAUAUGAGAAAUACCUGUAGAAGUAGAUAUGUUGAACGAAAGUCUCUCCCCAUUGGAUCUAGAGAAAUCUCUACUAUUUUCACUUUAACCUUACUCGGGGUUCUUAUAUGGAUAAAUAAUGUCCAAUAAUAACAUUUAAUGAUAUGUAAGAGUCAUUCCGAAUUUUCAUGAUCAU